AUGUUGUUGGCAUUAUUCACUCGGUGGAUGUGGAUCUUGCUGGGGAAGACCACUGUCCUGUUGCUUCUGGAGGUCCCUCUAGAGGGUAACGCUUUACCUCCAAUACGGUAUUCUCACGCUGGGAUAUGUCCAAAUGAGAUGAACCCCAACCUGUGGGUAGAUGCUCAGAGCACCUGCAAGAGAGAGUGUGAUACAGACCUGGAAUGUGAGACCUUUGAGAAGUGCUGUCCUAAUGUCUGUGGGACAAAGAGUUGCGUGGCAGCUCGGUACAUGGACAUCAAGGGGAAGAAAGGACCCGUCGGUAUGCCUAAAGAGGCAACUUGUGACCGUUUCAUGUGUAUCCAGCAAGGCUCAGAGUGUGAUAUCUGGGAUGGACAGCCUGUUUGCAAAUGCAAAGAUAGGUGUGAAAAAGAGCCCAGCUUUACCUGUGCCUCCGAUGGACUCACCUAUUACAACAAGUGUUAUAUGGAUGCAGAAGCUUGCACCAAAGGCAUUACUCUAAAUGUAGUCACUUGUCGGUACCAUCUCACCUGGCCAAAUACCAGCCCUAUCCCACCAGAGACUACAGUGCGCCCUACCACAGCCUAUUCAGAGACAACCAUCGUUGAUAUCCUGCCACCCGCUCUAGUUAACAAUCCAGUCCAUCAGUCAGUCUAUGUGGGAGAGACUGUUAGCUUUCUUUGUGAUGUCACAGGCAGACCCAAACCAGAAAUUACUUGGGAGAAGCAAAUAGACGGUAAGGAAAAAAUCAUUAUGAGGCCAAAUCACGUCAGGGGGAAUGUCGUGGUUACCAACAUUGCCCAGCUGGUAAUCUAUAACACCCAGCUGCAAGAUGCAGGCAUUUACACGUGCACUGCGAAAAACAUCGGCGGUCUUCUCAGGGUUGAUUUCCCAUUGUCAGUUGUCAAAGGAGAACCUGCAUCAAAAGAAGCAUCCCAAAACAAAACCCAUUUCCCAACCGAUGAGUGUCUGAAGCAGCCAGACAGCGAAGACUGUGGGGAAGAGCAGACGAGGUGGUAUUAUGAUGCAAAGAAAAACAACUGCUUUACAUUCAUUUAUGGGAACUGUAAUAGCAACCUGAACCACUUUGAGACCUAUGAGAACUGUAUGUUAACAUGUAUGAAUGGCCCAAUCAACAUCUGCAACCUGCCAGCCCUUCAGGGUCAUUGCAAAGCCUAUGAGCCCAGAUGGGCAUACAACAGUUUGACAAAGCAAUGCCAAUCUUUCAUUUAUGGUGGCUGCGGAGGCAAUGAGAAUAACUUUGAGAGCAAAGAGGCCUGCGAAGAGAUGUGCCCUUUCCCUAAAAACACUCACUGCAAAGCCUGCAAGCCUCGCCAAAAGCUGGUGACGAGCUUCUGCAAAAGCGACUUUGUUAUCCUGGGCCGUAUAACGGAACUAACCGAAGACCAAGACUCGGGACACGCGUUGGUGACAGUGGAGGAGAUUCUAAAAGAUGAAAAAAUGGGAUUAAAAUUCCUGGGGAAGGAACCUCUAGAAAUCACCCUUUUAAAUAUGGACUGGAGCUGCCCAUGCCCCAAUAUGACCACGGUGGAUGGUCAGCUUAUCAUCAUGGGUGAUGUCCACAAUGGGAUGGCCGUCCUGCAGCCAGACAGCUUUGUGGGCAUCUCCAGUGUCCGGCGCGUACGGAAGCUCCGUGAAGUCAUCCACAAGAAAACCUGUGAGCUUCUGAAAGAAUUUUUAGGACUACACUAA